CACCUCUCUCCUCAUUAGAGAAGUCUCUCUGUCUCACCAACAUUACCAGCAAAACCAGAGCAUAAAGGGACCUUCUCCGACUCUCCUUGCCUCCUCCGUCCAAUUCACUCUCUGCGAAUUCUCUUUGUGCUCGCCUCAAAAUCAUCUUCAUCAUAAUCAUGCAAUCUUCUUCGGAUUCUAUAAAGGUGUCGCCUCUCGAACUGAUGUCGGCUAUUAUAAGGGGAAAGAUGGACCCCUCUAAUGUGUCAUCAAAGGAUGCAGGCGAGCUCACCUCCAUCAUUUUUGAGAAUCGGGAGUUCGUCAUGAUAUUGACUACAACCAUCGCUGUACUCAUCGGAUGUGUAGUGGUGCUCAUAUGGAGAAGAUCCAGCGCUCAGAAACCUAAGGCUUUUGAUCCCCCUAAACCCGUGAUCGUAAAGCUUCCUGAGGCGGAGGUCGAUGACGGCAAGCCUAAAAUCACCGUCUUCUAUGGUACACAAACCGGGACCGCCGAAGGAUUCGCUAAGGCACUGGUGGAAGAGGCAAAAGCUCGAUAUGAAAAGGCGGUUUUCAAAAUUGUUGAUUUGGAUGAUUAUGCAGCAGAUGAUGACGAGUAUGAAGAGAAAUUGAAGAAAGAAAAGUUGGCUAUCUUCUUCCUGGCCACAUAUGGAGAUGGCGAACCUACAGACAAUGCAGCUAGGUUCUAUAAAUGGUUUAUGGAGGGGAAAGAGAGAGGGGAAUGGCUUCAAAACAUGAAGUUUGCAGUGUUUGGCCUUGGCAACAGACAGUAUGAGCAUUUCAACAAGGUUGCAAAGGAGGUAGAUGAAAUCCUUGCUGAGCAAGGUGCAACAAGGCUUGUCCCAGUAGGUCUUGGUGACGAUGAUCAAUGCAUUGAAGAUGAUUUUACUGCAUGGCGAGAAUUGGUGUGGCCAGAGUUGGAUCAGUUGCUUCGAGACAAGGAUGGUGCAACAACUGUCUCUACUCCAUACACUGCUACUGUAUUAGAAUAUCGCGUCAUAUGUUAUGACCCGUCAGAUGCACCAGUAGAAGAAAAGAGAUGGAGUAAUGCAAAUGGUCAUGCUAUUUUUGAUGCUCAACAUCCGUGCAGAUCCAAUGUAGCUGUGAAAAGAGAGCUCCAUACUGCUGCAUCAGAUCGUUCUUGCACCCAUCUGGAGUUUGACAUUGCUGGAACAGGACUUUCAUAUGAAACUGGGGACCAUGUUGGUGUUUACUGUGAGAAUUUAUCAGAAACGGUUGAGGAGGCAGUUAGGCUAUUGGGCUUGUCUCCAGAUACUUACUUCUCCAUCCAUAGUGACAAAGAAGAUGGUACACCACUUAGUGGAAGCUCGCUGCCUCCACCUUUCCCACCUUGCAGUUUGAAAACGGCUCUUGCUCGCUAUGCUGAUCUUCUGAAUUCACCCAAAAAGUCAGCUUUACUCGCUCUAGCAGCCCAUGCUUCUGACCCAACUGAGGCCGAUCGAUUAAGACAUCUUGCAUCACCUGCUGGAAAGGAUGAAUAUGCACAAUGGGUGAUUGCAAGUCAGAGAAGCCUGCUUGAGAUUAUGGCUGAAUUUCCAUCUGCCAAGCCUCCACUUGGGGUCUUCUUUGCUGCAGUUACACCACGUUUACAGCCCAGAUACUAUUCAAUCUCAUCAUCGCCCAGAAUGGCACCAUCAAGGAUUCAUGUUACUUGUGCACUAGUGUAUGAGAAGACACCUUCAGGGCGGAUUCAUAAAGGAAUAUGCUCAACUUGGAUGAAGAAUGCCGUGCCUCUUGAGAAAAGCCACAAAUGCUGUUGGGCGCCUAUAUUUGUUAGGCAGUCGAACUUCAAGCUUCCUGUUGAUACGAAAGUGCCUAUUAUAAUGAUUGGCCCAGGGACUGGAUUCGCGCCUUUCAGGGGUUUCCUGCAGGAAAGAUUGGCUCUGAAAGAGUCUGGAGCAGAACUUGGAUCUUCUAUAUUAUUUUUUGGUUGCCGAAACCGAAGACUGGAUUACAUCUAUGAGGACGAGCUGAAUAACUUUGUUGAAAGUGGUGCACUUUCUGAGCUCAUUGUUGCCUUCUCACGUGAGGGACCCACCAAGGAAUAUGUGCAGCAUAAAAUGAUGGAGAAGGCUUCAGAUAUCUGGAACAUUAUUAAUCAAGGGGCUUAUAUAUAUGUUUGCGGUGAUGCCAAAGGCAUGGCUAGAGAUGUUCACCGCACUCUCCACACUAUAGUGCAGGAGCAGGGAUCUCUAGACAGCUCCAAGGCUGAGAGCAUGGUGAAGAAUCUGCAGACUACUGGCAGGUAUCUCCGGGAUGUGUGGUAAUUUACCACCUGCUGUGUCGAGGAGGCACAUGUGCAAAAAAUUAUGCAUGUAUUAUAGUGUUGAAGCCAAUUUAUUGAGAUGAAAGGAACUCGGUAAGGCUGCUCAUGAUGCCAGGAAAGGGUGGUUGCAAGUGUCGUCUAAUAAGCUCUACGACUUCUCCAGUAGGGAAAUUUUUUUGUUCAUGUAAUUUAUGAACACAAAUACUGUAGGAAUUAUAAUUAGGCGUAUAUCUUAUGAAUUUUAUCGAAGUUGUUUGUAUGACUGAGGGACAGAAUGUUCCGCUCCUCCAAUAUGUAGCUGAAUUAUUUUUGUGUAUAAAUCUCUGGGUUGAUACAAUAUGCUUUGUUCGGACUUCAUGCAA